UGCGUGAUGCCGAUGCCCGUCUUUCGUUUCGUUUUGACGUCGCUGGGCUUCUGUAAUUGACGGAGCUGCUUGGCGUGCCAAACGUUGUUGUCACAUCAUCGCGUGACCGUGUAGUUGGCGUGGAGGCCGUGGCUAUUCUUCUUAAACGUCUGCGGUACCCUAUCACUUUGUACGACAUGUUGCCCAUGUUUGGUCGGUCUCGUGAACAAAUCUGCCGCGUACUCAAUCACAUGGGGAACUUGGUCUGCUCGAAGUGGAAAGACCACAUUUACUGCAACAAACGUAUUGUGCGUGCCCGAAUUGCUCAGUACGCCAGGGCUAUCCAUGCGAAAGGCGCACUUCUGUCAAAUGUCUGGGCAUUUCCUGACGGCACAAAGAUUGAAACGUGUCGUAUCAGCGCAAGUUCAAGUGGUGCUGGUGGUUUGAACGUGCAGAAGCGGAUCUACUCUUGCCAUAAACGAAUGCACUGCCUGAACUUUCAGGGCUUGACCACUCCCGAUGGCUUGCGCAUUCACUUUUUUGGUCCGUUGGAGGGCAGCCGACAUGAUGUGCCUUUGUUGCGAGUCAGUCAGCUGCAAGAGUACUUCGAGGCAAAUUCCGACAUUUUUGACGGCUAUUUCAUCUACGGUGACCCGGCCUACCCUAUUUAUAAAUGGAUCAUCUCCGGCUUGCAGGGAAACAAUUUGGAUGAGGCAAAAGAACUCUUCAAUGCAGCCAUGUGUCGUGUGCGUCAAGGUGUUGAAUGGAACUUUGGCCGCAUGAAAACAUUGUGGGGUUUUACGACGUACAAAAUGCAACAAAAUAUCGAGGUAAUAUCUCCGUCACAACGAAAUUAGAUUCACACACAACAGAUAUGGCGUUAGCACAUGUACAUCGUCGUCGUCACAAUAAAACUG